CGUAGUAAGAAUAUUCCAGUUAAUCAUACGAACUGGUUGUAAGAUCGGGCAAUAAAAGCAAGCAAAACACGUCUUAAAUCGCAGUCAUUACUAAACCACGGAUUUACUCCAGUUCCACAGAAGAAGCAGGACUCAUGUGGGCACUCCAGAUUCUCCUCUGCUUGGCGUUGUUGGUUUGCACAGAAAGUAGGGGUGCAAAAAGGAAUGCUCUUCAUGAUUAUGAGACGAGUGAAGGAGUCUACUUGAACAGAACCAAUAGGCUCCUCCUGUCCAAAAGGAAAGCCCUUAGUGAAGUAAAGUGUGCGAGGCGGUGCAGCAGGAACAAGGACUUGCCUUUUGUAUGCAAGGCUUUCUAUUAUGACAAGAAAGAAAAUAAAUGCCACUGGCUGUCAUUUACCAGCAAAGCCCCAGGUGUUAGAAAAGAACUGGACUUUCGAUAUGAUCUUUAUGAAAAGAAAGAUUACAUAAGGGAGUGCAUCAUCGGGAAUGGAUCAAACUAUAAAGGGAUGAAGACUAUUACAAAAACUGGCCUCAAGUGCCAGGCCUGGAGUUCUAUGGUGCCACACGAGCACAGCUUUUUGCCUUCAAAAUACCGGAGCAAGGACCUGGAGGAUAAUUACUGUAGAAAUCCAGACAACGAGGCUUCUGGACCCUGGUGUUUCACUACAGAUCCUGACAUCCGCCACCAAUCAUGUGACAUCCCUCAGUGUUCAGAAGAUGAGUGUCUGACUUGCAAUGGGGAGAAUUACAGAGGAUCAAUGGACCACACAGAAACAGGGAAGGAGUGCCAACGUUGGGACCUGAACCGGCCUCACAAACAUAUGUUCCACCCCAAACGAUACCCAGAGAAAGGACUGGAUGAUAAUUACUGUCGUAAUCCUGACAAAAGACUUCGGCCGUGGUGCUUCACUCUACACCCCAACACUACUUGGGAAUACUGCAGUAUUAAAGUCUGUGCUGAAAGUGUAAAAUCUGAUCCAGACACGACCACAAAGUGCUUCCAAGAUCAAGGGGAAAAAUACAGAGGCACAGUUAACACAGCACCCAAUGGAAUUAGGUGCCAGCGGUGGGACUCGCAAUACCCACACAACCACUCCUAUACACCCCAGAAUUACAAAUGCCAAGAUCUAAGGGAGAAUUACUGUAGAAAUCCCGAUGGGGCUGAACUGCCGUGGUGCUUUACAACCGAUCCCAAAGUGCGGGUUGCCUUCUGCACCCACAUCCCACGGUGUGGUUCAGACACUUCUGAUCCCGAAGUACACUGUUACAAUGGCACUGGUGAGGACUACAGAGGACACUUGUCAAAAACAAGAUCUGGUUUUCCAUGUGCAAUGUGGGACGAGAGCCUCAAAAGCAAAAGUUGGACUUUAAGUGAACUGUCAACGGCAGGUCUGCAGAAGAACUACUGCCGGAACCCUGAUAAAGAUAAACAUGGCCCCUGGUGCUACACAAACAACCCCUCAAUUCCUUGGGACUAUUGUGAUUUAAAGCGCUGUGAAACAUCUGGGUCCAACAUUACAGAAACACUUCCUUCACAACAGUCCUGUUUUGUUCAUAAGAGAACCAGAAUUGUUGGAGGUGCUCCGGUGAAAAUUAAGGAAGCCAGCUGGAUGGUUAGCAUACAAAAAGGCAACGACCAUUGGUGUGGUGGAUCAUUAGUAAGAGAGGAAUGGGUUCUUGCAGCUAAACAGUGCUUCUCCUCAUGCGUACCUGAUUUAACAGAAUACAGUGUCUGGCUGGGAUUUCUUCAUCUCAAUGAAGCAGGAAGAGAGGUUUCAAGUAAACAAGUUUUAAGGAUCUCCCAUCUUGUCUGUGGACCACAGGGCUCCGAUCUAGUGUUGCUGAAAUUAUCAGGGCCUGCUUGGCAGACUGAACAUGUUCGCAUAAUUCAACUCCCUGUUGCAGGAUGUGUCAUUAAAGAAAAUACCUACUGUACAGUUUAUGGAUGGGGAGAAACAAAAGGAACUGGAUAUGAUGGCAUGCUGAAAGCAGUGAAGUUACCAAUUGUUGGGAAUCAAAUAUGUAAUGAAUAUCAUAAAGGAAGGAUUACAGUGACAGAAUCAGAGCUCUGUGCUGGGGGAAGGAAGGAUGAAGGAGUAUGUGAGAAAGACUACGGGGGCCCACUGGUGUGUGAGGAACAUGAUUCUAAAGUAGUACAAGGUGUUAGUGUUCAUGGCCGAGGCUGUGGUCGUCCUAACCGUCCUGGGAUCUUUGUCAGUAUACCAUAUUACACAGACUGGAUUCACAAAGUCUUCAAAAUGCUAUCAAGCCCUUAAAACUUUGCUGUAUUAUGAAAGUAAUUUAUUAUCAAGUAUGUUCAAUCUUUUAUAAGGACACUUUGUUAUUUUUCUUUUUACGUUCAUAACAUCUGUGAUGUUGUUUCAGUUCCAUUUUUGAAUGUAUGUUACUGUUUAAGAAAAUUGUAGUGUAAGAUGUGGCUCAAUACUUACAACUCCAAAAGUUGUUAAUGUAUCAUCACAACCAAGCAAGAAACACAGAAUCAAAAUGGUAAGCAUAGCUUUGUAAAAGGGUUUUUAUAGCAUUCUGUGAUUUGUAAAAGGAAGUGUGCACCACAUCACUGUUGUACUGCAAAGCACAUUUCUCUUUAAAACUUAUAGAAUUUUUGUUUUAUUUCAAGUUUCAGUUCAUAUUCUCUGCAUGGUUUAAACACAAUUUGUGUCCAAUUACUAGCACUCCUGAAAACCAUGACCCAUAUCACUCAACACAGAUUACAGUUACAUAAAAUAACAUUUUCAAAAUCAACAGCAAUCUGAAAUCAGCCGAUGUGACUUUUUUUAUUUUUAUUUGACCUUUCUAGAGUACAUGGACAAUAUGUCUGUUUGUAGUAUCUCCUGAAAUUACUUGAAUGGAUACAGUAUCACAAAGAAAAAGAUGUAGGACCCCCUUAGGAAGCAAGUUAUUUUCAGUAUUACUAUGCAGACCCAAUUGCUCAUAAUCAAACCAUAUAAGGUUUCUAGAAAUGACAAUGUUGUACGCUUUGGUUCAGCUGGAGCUUUGGAAUGAGUUUUAUGGAUACAGUUGAGUUGAUCGUAGACUUCUUAUUGUACAGCAGGUCUCAUAGAUCUCACAUUUUUACUUUGAAAUGUUAUGUAAAUAGGUAUAUAACUUUACAAAGAUUUGCUAGAUUUGUAGAUUUACAAAGAUAUGCUCUUGCAUAGAAUGGCUUUUGCCCUGUCAUAGUGUGUGCAGUUCUCUGCUUUAUGAACAUUAUUCCCAGUGGGGGUUUUACUUUACUGUAUAGAGGAGGGAUUCAAUGGUAAUUUCAGUUAUCUAAUGAACAUAUCUGUGUUUGGUACUUGUGUUACAUAUCAAUUUUAAUGUUCUAUGUCAUGUAAUAUAUCUUUGUAAUAAAGUAGUGUUUUUUUUUUUUUUUUUGCGCAAGCAUAUUGCAUAGGAAAUCAAUCCUGUAGUGUGUGUUAAAGUUGUCAAGAAAUUAAGUUUUGUUUUUUUUUUGUUUUUCUUUCUAUUGAACACUGAAUAGAUGUAAUGCAUGGUUCCACUAGUUUAUCUGCUGGACGGAAAUUGGUAGAUGAAUGUAAAACAUACGUGUUAAGGUAUUUCUAAAAAGAGGCAGUGCCUAAGUAAAGCUGAAACUAAUCAAUGUCAGAGUUGCUUUGUGGAGCCCAUAUUAAACACAUGUAUGGUGGUAGUCGCAGGUUCUUGUUGUUCAUGAAUUUGUCUGAACACCCAGCAAACUGACUUUAUAAUCACAUGCUGUAUGUAUUUGCUUCACCUCAGAAUGUAUAUACGGUUCUUCCUUGUUGUUUUAUCAUUUGAUAAUGGAGUUUACUAUAACUUUUCAUGUAUUGUUCCCUUGUUCACCUACAAUGCCAAAAAAAGAAGGUAACUAUUUUUGAGAACCAAGUGAAAUUGCGAUGGCUGCUUUAUAUUGCUUCUACUGUGCCAAAUACUUUAUGUGCAAUUUAAGUAAGAUUCUACCACGAAUAGUAAUGUAUGUAAUAGACAUUUAUAUAGGUGUUGCUUUUUUUGUAUCCCAAAGGAUCAUUCAUAACCUGAUUAAGGUGGGAAUACUUUAAACUUGUGCGUGCUUUUGUAACUCUUUGUUGUAGUUGUUAUUAUGAAAGUGUAUUAAAAUAUUUUAUCUA